AGAGAAUUUGGAAGCAGGAGGGAUCUGUUGGCUGCAGCAGGGACGAGAAGCGAAGUGUAGCAUGAUCCUCCAGACUGGCGUCACCUGGGAGGAGUGUUGUGCCAACGGCAACACGGACAUGGCGUGGUCCAACUCUUCUCACCCAGACAACAAAAUUAGCCUCCUCAGGAUCUUGGGCCUCGUGACCUGCCACCCGUGCAAAGAAUCCUGCGAAGGAGUGGACUGUGGAGCUGGAAAAGUCUGCAAAAUGAAAUAUGGCCGCCCUCACUGUGCCUGCGCCCCAGAUUGCUCCAACCUACCCAGGAAACUGCAGGUGUGCGGCUCGGAUGGGUUCACCUACCGCGACGAGUGUGAUCUGCAGACGGCCAAAUGCAGGGGCCACCCAGACCUGGAAGUGAUGUACCAGGGCCGAUGCAAAAAGUCAUGUUCUAGUGUUGUAUGCCCUGGGACUCACACCUGUGUUGUGGAUCAGACCGGAAGCGCCCACUGUGUGAUGUGCAGAGCUGGCCCCUGCCCUGACCCCACCAGCCUAGACCGUGCAAUCUGCGGCAACAACAACGUCACGUAUCCCUCUACGUGCCACCUACGGCGAGCAACCUGCUUCCUUGGGCGAUCCAUUGGAGUCAGGCAUUAUGGAAGCUGCGCAGCCCUGAACAAAUUACUACUUGGACACAGAUGAUGACGAAGACACAUAUAAGCC